AUGUCUGUGGAACAAGUUUCAGUUUCAGCUGGAAACCCAAGAACCGAUAAUGGUUUAGAUAUGAAAACAUUAUUCGUUAGAUCCAUUCCCUUCGAUGUUACUGAUGAGGAAUUGGGUGGAUUUUUUUCUAAUUUUGCACCAACAAAACACGCAGUUGUCGUUAAAGAUGUUAACAAGAAAUCCAGAGGUUUUGGUUUCGUUAGUUUUGCCACAGAGGAGGAUACAAAAGAUGCCUUGGGGAAGGCUAGAAGAUCGAAACUUAACGGUAACGUAUUGAGAGUUGAUAUUGCAAAAAGAAGAGAUCGUAAUAAGAAGAAUGGUGAAGAGAAAGCUAUAUCACUUCCCCUCGAUACUAUUGGCGAUAAAGAAGUCGAACAAAGUGAUGACGAAGAGGAAGACAGUCAAUUCAAAGGUAAACCAAAGUUAAUUAUCAGGAACAUGCCAUGGAGUUGUCGUGACCCAAAUAAAUUAAAGAAAAUUUUUGGUAGAUUUGGUAACGUUGUUGAAGCUUCCAUCCCUAGAAAACGUGACGGUAAGCUAUGUGGUUUCGCAUUUGUCACUAUGAAAAAAAUCAGCAACUGUAGACUUGCAUUGGAAAACACAAAAGAUCUUAAGAUUGAUGGUAGAAAUGUUGCUGUUGAUUUUGCUGUUCAAAAAAAUAGAUGGGAAGAUCAUAUGAAAAAAGAUGAGGAAAAAGAAUCAGCCCAAGAUGAAUCAAGCGAAGAGGAAAGUGCAGAUGAAGCUGAUAGCGAAGAAAAAGAGGAUGACGAUAAAAUUCAACUAAAUUCCGAUGAAGAAAUUUCUGGGGAAGAAGAAGAUGACGAAGAAGAAGAAGAGGAGCCAAAAAGACCACAAAAGAAUAGAAAGGAAGACUACUCUGUCUUUGUCCGUAACGUUCCAUAUGAUGCUACAAAAGAAUCAUUAGUAGAUCAUUUCAGCAAAUUUGGUCCCGUUAAGUAUGCUUUACCAGUUAUCGAUAGAGAAACAGGAUUGGCUAAAGGUACAGCAUUUGUUGCAUUCAGAAACGAAGAAACGUACAAAUCUUGUUUGGAAAAUGCACCUGCCGCAGGUAGUACAUCUCUAUUAAUUGGUGAUGAUGUUUUACCUGAGUACGUUUAUGAAGGUCGUGUCCUAUCAGUCUCUCCAACAUUGGUCAGAGAAGAAGCAAAUAAGAGAGCAGAGAAAAACGCAGAAAAAAGGAAAGAAAUAUUGGGUAAAGCUCCAGGUGAGCGUGAUAAGCGUAACUUAUACCUUUUAAAUGAAGGUAGAGUUGUUGAAGGUACUAAAAUGGCUGAGUUACUGACUGCAAAGGAUAUGGAAAUAAGAGAAAAAUCUUAUUCCUUAAGAGUUGAACAAUUAAAAAAAAAUCCAUCCUUACACUUGUCGCUAACCCGUUUGGCUAUUAGAAAUUUACCAAGAGCAAUGACGGAGAAGGCAUUGAAAGCACUUGCUCGUAAAGCUGUUGUGGAAUUUGCUACGGAAGUCAAGGAGAACAAGAGACAUCCGUUAAGUCAAGAAGAAAUAGUAAGAUCCACAAAGGAAAAAUACAGAUUUAUGUCACCUGAAGAAAUUGCAAAGCAAAAGAAAAGAGAUAAGAAACAUGGUAUCGUAAAACAGGCAAAGGUUAUUAUGGAGGUUAAAGGAUCUUCAAUUGGUAGAAGUAGAGGUUACGGUUUCGUAGAAUACAAGGAUCACAAACACGCAUUAAUGGGCUUAAGAUGGUUAAACGUACAUGCUGUAACGGCAGAGGAAGUAUUGGAAGGUUUAACUGACGAAGAACAGAAAUCUAUUGACCCAUCGUCGGUUAAAGGCAGACGUCUUUGUGUAGAAUUUGCCUUGGAUAACGCCAAUGUAGUUAAGAGAAGAAGAGAAAAUAUAAAGCAAGCUAGAGAAGGUUUCAAAAGAAGUAGAGAUGACAAUGACAUUGAAGGAGAUGCCGCAUCGGAUGCUAAAAAGGCAAAGACGCAAAAUGGAAAUGACAAUGACAGCGACGGUAAAGACGGGAAAAACCUAAGUAGCGAUAUUAAAAGAUUAAUUGGCCUUAAGAGAAAGAGAAAGCAAGGUAGAAGGUAG